AUGCUUCUUUUACUCUUAGCCACCAUUCACAAGAAAUACUCCUCGGACGUCUAUUCGAAUCCUUCAUUGAACUUGCUACCUAAGGACUUUAAACUUGAUUCUAUUUACAUAAAUUCCGAGGUUCCAUUUCCCGAGUUAACCGAUUUCAUACACGAAUCCACCCACGAGUACCAUUUGAACCAGAUCACGAUUAAGUCGUCCUUAAAGGACGGCUUUCAGUAUUAUUUAGAUGAAGUGAACUCCAAUAUCAAAGUUAUUAUUGUUGGGAUACGAUACUCCGACCCGUAUGGAUCUCAACUAAAGUACGAACAAGCCACUGAUCACAGCUGGCCCGAAUUUAUACGAAUCCACCCGGUGUUGCAUUGGAACUACACAGACAUUUGGUACUUUAUUCUCGGGUGUAACUUGCUGUACUGUUCGCUUUACGAUGAAGGAUACACAUCGUUAGGAGGUAUCGAUACAACACAAAAAAAUGAUUUUUUGAAGGUUGGUGACUCGUACUUGCCAGCUUACAUGCUUGAAGAAAAAGCCGAUGAAAGGGAACGCACGGGACGUGCCAAACAUUGA